GUCUUUGAGCGAUAGCCGCGCGGCCCAACGGCGCGUCGAGGAAAGGGAGCCGGGAAGUGACAGGCUUUCAAAGGAGCCAAUGGCGCGGGGGGUUGUUGUGAGGCGGGUGUAAACGUUAGCUGAAGAGUAAGAAACGGAGAGCUCGAGGCGGCAGACAACAGGGCCAAGUACAGCAUGGUUCUGGAAGGAAGAUGGGUUCUACUCGAGUGACUGCAAAGGAACUGUGUGAGAAUGAUGACCUGGCUACUACUCUAGUGCUUGACUCCUACCUCGGAUUUAAGACCCAUAAGAUGAACGUGAGUCCACUCCCAGCCAUCAGAAGAAAGCACCAUUUGCGGGAGGCAGUGGAGGCCUUCCGGAAGCGCAAAGACCUAGAAGUGGCUUACCAAGCUUUGAUGCAAGGAGGAUGGGCCUGCCAGUACUUUCAGAACCGGAGUCGUCAGCAGGAGGCUGCCUUCAAGACUCAUAUAUUUCGCUACCUUCGCAUUUUCCUACCUGAGAGUGGUUUUGCUAUCAAGCCCUGCAGUCGCUAUUCCCUGGAAAUAAAUGGGGCCCGGGUUGUCUCUACAAAGUCAUGGAAGAAGAAUGACAAGCUGGAACUUUUGGAGGGCUACAUUGCAGAACUGACAGAGCCAGACGAGAGCCUUCUGCGGACAGGUGAAAAUGACUUCAGCAUCAUGUAUUCCACGCGGAAACAAUGUGCCCAGCUCUGGCUGGGACCGGCUGCCUUUAUUAAUCAUGACUGCAGGCCGAAUUGUAAGUUCGUCCCAAUGGAUGGGAAUAUUGCGUGUGUCAAGGUGUUGCGGGACAUUGAGCCAGAAGAUGAGAUCACAUGCUUCUAUGGCGACGGCUUCUUUGGGGAGAACAAUGAGCUGUGUGAGUGCUGCACUUGUGAAAGGAAGGGGGAAGGAGCUUUCCGAUUCCUGAAUCAGACACCUUCACAAUCUACCUCAGUCCAUGACAAAUAUCUCUUGAGAGAGACAGAUGGUCGUCUGCAGCGGUGGAAAGGCCAGUUGUGCAAAUUGGCCCAGCGCCGUGUGAAAACAGGGCGCAAGACCCGGCACAGGAGGGCACGAUCACGGGGUGCCCUACGCAAAUUCAAGCUACGCUGGAGCCCCAGAAUCCUCAAGCCUCUGUACAUCCCAUUGCACGAUUGCCUGGUUUGUGGGGCACGUAGGUGCAAGAUCCGUAAGGAGCUCCUGGUGUAUCUGCCUCGUUGUCCUCUUCCCGCAUUACCUGCGUUGCGCCCCUGGCAUUCUUUGUAUAACAAUGGAAGCCAUUUUGUGGCUCUACAGGACUGUUCUUUCACAGGAAUGCACAAGAAGCCUGUAAUCUCAGGCUGGGCAGAACGGCGCAGCUUGUUUGUGGAUCUUGGGAAGAGAGUGACCAUUGACUUGGCAGUGUUUGAGAAAGAAGUAGGGUGUGGGAUGGGGAAGGGAGAGCCACAUAGCAGCAGGCAGGGAUCUGAAGAGCAUGGCACAGGGAAUGCAGAUAAGCAUUCUGAGGCUACUGAACCAUGUAGUUUAGACUCUGAGGUGCUAGGCUCAAGGGAUCAAGGGCCCUUUGGUUCCUUGGUCUCUUCUUCCUCCAGCCAGCUGCUGUACAGAACAAGGAGCAUGACCCGGCAUCAGGCCCAGGUUUUGCACAAAGUCCCGCUGUCCCCACCAGUAACAGACCCCAAACUUUCCCAGUAUGCUCAUGUUCAUCUUGGAGGCAGGCAGCGCUGGCAGCAGCCCCCUCCUAACAGGAUGGAUAAGGACCAGGCAGAGGAAGAGCAUCCCCCUAAACAAAUGCUUUCUUUUCCCCCUUUCAUGCCACCUAAGCGGCUACGACUGGUGGUGAGCCACGGCUCCAUUGACCUUGAGGUGGCUUCCAGCUCUUGUGAAGAGCUGUCCUGAUUGGACUGGUCUCCAGGUAAAGGGCUGCUGAGAAGACACCCUGCUUUUUUCUGAACUUUGGUUGUUGAGAAGUCAGGACAAAAACCACAUACCAGAAUUGGCCUAAAAUUGAACCCCCCCCCCUCCAAUAAUCUUGUUGCACAGAGUGAGAAGUCAUCUCUUCUGUCCGGGUGUGAUACAGCCUCAUACUCCUUGUGAGUAUCUGUGCUAAGAAUACCACCUUGUAAUCCAUCUCUAUUUUUCCAAUGUAGAUUGUUUCAGUUGUUCCCUUCCAGAGAACUCUCUCCAUCCCACUCACACUUACCCCCACCCCUCUUUUUAAAAGCACACUACAAUCUAGUCACACUACAAUCUUAUUUCAGAACUCUGAAAUGUAAGCCAUACGGUCAGCUGCACGGAUGCUUGGAACUAUCUCUCCUUGCCUUCUUUGCUUAACUGCUUGCUCAGUCCCAGAGUCCUUCCACCAUUUCACUCUAGGUGUCCUCAUGCUCUGGUCUUUAGUAGUGGACCCCUCAGAGGAAUGGACCACAUGGUGCUUUGCUGUUAAUUGCUCAUACAGAGCCUAUAAAGAUGGUUGAAGUUGGCUUGUGAGUAAGAGAAACCAACAUCCAAUCAGGGAAGCCUCCUAUAUAAUUGUAAAAGCAAACAAACCAGCAACCACAAGUGCACAUUUCCAUGCAACCCAUUUAGCUUAAAAUUGAUAGCUGCCAUAUGAUGAACAGACUGAUCUAUGGAAUCCCCCCCUCCUUUGGGUGCCUACAGUUAUAAGACAUCUGAUUUUCUACUUUUAAAACUAGGUUUGUAUUGACUGGGUUUGUUGAUUUGUCCCCCAGUGGGGCUUUGACACUAGGGUGUACUGGGCUUUUUUACAAUUCUGAAGGUUUUCAGGUUUUUUUAAUUUGGCGUACAGUUCUCAGUUGAACUUGACAAAAUUCUCAUGAUACUGGUGAGUUAGGUCAUUUUAUGCAAAUAUUCUGAAUUGCAGACUACCAGUAGCGAAUGAGGUAUUGUACUGAUGAUGAGUUCUGACCAAGGACUGCUUGGCUCAGAGCACUGUGAAAAGGUUCUGUCCCUCCAUGAGGUGCUGAUUUGAGCAAAAUAAAUAGUUCUUGUGAUGGUUGGGUUCC